AAUGAAUGUUUGCUGGGUACUGACAGCUGUCAUCCUUCUUUGGCACAAUGUACUAACACAGAAGGAGGUUAUACUUGUUCUUGUUUAGUUGGUUACCAAGGAGAUGGCAUUAUUUGCAGUGAUAUUGAUGAAUGCUCAUUAGGAACUAACAAUUGUGAUAAACAAAUUGGACGUGGUGCAUGUAAUAAUACAGUUGGAUCAUAUACAUGUGGAUGUUAUGCAGGCUUUUCUAUGGCAUCCAAUGAACGCACUUGUAAAGAUAUCGAUGAAUGUCUCCGUAGUCACAAUUGUCAGGAUGGAUGUGAAAACUUACCUGGUACCUAUAAAUGUACUUGUCAGAAUGGUUACCAUUUAGCCUCAGAUCAGAAGUCUUGUAAAGUGGAUAUUGCUUGUAAUCCUAGCACCAAUUGUCAAUACCAGUGUGCUAAAAUAGAUGGAAUAGAUACUUGUACCUGUCAGGCAGGAUACCAGUUGAUGAAUGACAAUAUUAACUGUUCAGAUAAAGAUGAAUGUUCAGCGGAUAAUUCUACUUGUGAUGUCAUAUACGGAGUAUGUAAUAACACAGUAGGAUCUUAUAUAUGCUCCUGUUCUGAUGGUUUUGUGCUCGGUCCUGGAAAUACAUGCACAGAUCGCGAUGGCAAAUGGUCUGACUGGGAAUCAUGGUCUGCAUGUACACUCACUUGUGGAGCAGGAUUGCAAACAAGAACACGUGCUUGUAGUAACCCAUCACAAGCAGGAUCUGGAGAAAAUUGUUUAGGAGAUGGUUCAGGAACACAGACGUGCAAUAAUGUUCUAUGUCCAGCAACAUCUGAUGAACAGCUUUAUGGUGUAACUGUUUACCUUGAAGGUUUAACAAGAGAUCAGCUGAAUAGUGUGGAAACUCCAUUUAAACAACUGGUUGCAGACAUUGUCAACACUUACUGUAAUUACAAUGCAUCAAAUGUCCAACAGUGUUGUCAGAUAAGUACCAGUUAUUCGUCUAAUCCAAGUAAUCCUUUGACAUUUACUACCAGCAAUAACAUAGUAUUCGGUAGUGGAACUCCACUGGAGAUCAAUAAUCUUCUUGCAGUGAUGAUAGUUAUUAAAUACGAAUCUAACAAUGCCUUGUGUACAGCAGCGUUAGCUUCUGUUGGACGAAGAAGACGAUCUGUUAUACUUAGUGAGCUAGAGCUAGCACUACCUCAAGAUAUAUUUAAACAAAUCAUCGCAAACCCAGACUUACAAGCUACUAUAACACAGUCUUUGGUGAACACAAUUGAUACACUGUUAGGUGUAAGCCUAAAUAUUACAGUCUCAGCAGUAACGCUUGUCACAACGACUACUACAGCUUCUUCCUCAACUCAGGGAAUUGUAAAGAGCAAUGACACAGAGCCUUGGGUGAUAGGAGUGGCAGUAGUUGGAGCUUUACUUAGUUUAAUACUUAUUAUCCUAGGUUUAGCUCUCUUAUUCAGACUGAAAAUGAAAACGAAAGUGGCACCAUUAGAGGAAGGCAACAGAGAAGAAGAGGAUAUUAAUGAAUAAACCAUAAAAUGUCUACAUGGUUUAUUUCAAGAACUAAAUACUACUCUUUUUGUAAAUCAUUAUCUAAUCUCAAAAGCUAUACUUUUAGGACAUUAAGAUUGCUAUCAGUUUACCAGAUAAUUUAAGAUUUAUUUAAGAUUGAUGAUUGAAGUAUUCAUAUGUUUUGUAACAAUUAAUUGGUUUGGUCCGUCCACAUCCAGAGGCACACAGUUUAUAAAUUUACAUAAAGUCUUGCAUUUUAUAGAAGCAAAAGCAACUAAUGUAUAAUACACGCAGAAAUGCAUACGAAAAUGAAUUUCACAAUAAUAAAAUCAAAUAAACUUAAUCAUGAGUUUAAUAGGUUUGAUAUAACCAACCGUAUUCAAACAAUGGGACGAGGAAGUUAACAACUACACUUUGUCUGUCAUGGAAAUGGUUUUUUUUUUAGAAUGGAGGGGAUCUAGUAACAUGCAAGAUAUUUAGACAAUCAACUACACUCUCCAUCCAAGUCAAAAUUUAUAAAAGUAAACCAAUAUAGGUCAAAGUACGGUCUUCAACACGGAGCCUUGGCUCACACCGAACAGCAAGCUAUAAAGGGCCCCAAAAAUUACUAGUGUUAAACCAUUCAAACGGGAAAACCAACGGUCUAAUCUAUAUAAAAAGCUUUGUUUAUUUUCUAUGUGAAUGUAAAAGACUUUAUUCAAACAAAAUUAUACAUAUAUAAUGGACAGAUCCCCAAAACAAAUCUUAUGUUAUGUAUGCGGGAAAUACAAAAUUACAACUGCCUAUCCGCAGCGUAAAAAGUUCGAAACUGUUCCUCUCUGAUGAGUUUUUU